AUGCCACCAAAGGCCGCCGCAGAGAAGAAGCCAGCCGCUAAGGCUCCAGCAAAGGCUCCAGUUGAGAAGAAGGAAGCUGGCAAGAAGACUGCCGCUUCAGGCGACAAGAAGAAGCGCACAAAGACGAGAAAGGAGACCUACUCCUCUUACAUCUACAAAGUUUUGAAGCAAGUGCACCCAGAUACUGGUAUCUCCAACCGUGCCAUGUCUAUCCUCAACUCUUUCGUCAACGAUAUUUUCGAGCGUGUUGCAACUGAAGCAUCCAAACUCGCCGCAUACAACAAGAAGUCCACCAUCUCAUCGCGAGAAAUCCAGACAUCCGUCCGUCUUAUCCUCCCAGGAGAAUUGGCCAAGCACGCAGUUUCAGAAGGUACCAAGGCAGUCACAAAGUACAGCUCCAGCACGAAAUAG